GGGCGGGCUGUUCCGGGGGCGGGACUGGGCUGGGCCUGCGGUGAGCAUCAGGCGAUGCGGCACGGGUGCUGCGGGACACACGGACACGCCUACGAUUAGACCCAGGCAGGCACUUACCGGCGAGCGGCCGCGGGCGACUCCCAGGCGCGGCGGUACCUCACGGUGGUGAAGGUCACAGGGUUGGCCUGGGCAAAUGUGUCCUGAGAGACGGAUUCGUUGUUCUCGGGAAGGCGGCUGCAGCAGUCCCAGUAGACCAGGAGCUCCGGGAGGCAGGGCCGGCCCCACGUCCUCUGCGCACCACCCUGAGUUGGAUCCUCUGUGCGCCACCCCUGAGUUGGAUCCAGGGCUAGCUGCUGUUCACCUUCCUACUCCCACGCUGCCCUCCUGCCUGCAGCCAUGACGACGCCCCUGCUCACCCUGAUCCUGGUGGUCCUCAUGGGCUUACCUCUGGCCCAGGCCUUGGACUGCCACGUGUGUGCCUACAACGGAGACAACUGCUUCAACCCCAUGCGCUGCCCGGCUAUGGUUGCCUACUGCAUGACCACGCGCACCUACUACACCCCCACUAGGAUGAAGGUCAGUAAGUCCUGCGUGCCCCGCUGCUUCGAGACUGUGUAUGAUGGCUACUCCAAGCACGCGUCCACCACCUCCUGCUGCCAGUACGACCUCUGCAACGGCGCCGGCCUUGCCACCCCAGCCACCCUGGCCCUGGCCGCCAUCCUCCUGGCCACCCUCUGGGGUCUGCUCUAAAGCCCCCGAGGCAGACCCACUCAAGAACAAAGCUCUCGAGACACUGCUGCACCCUCGCACCCAGCUCACCCUGCCUCACCCUCCACCCUCCCUGCGACCUCCUCGGCCGUGCCCAGGGUCAGAACUGUGGGCGAGAAAACACCUGACCUCCUCCAACCACCACACGACCUCACUUCGAGGCCUUGACCUUUCGAUGCUGUGUGGGAUCCCAAAAGUGUCCGGCUUUGGUGGGCUGCUCAGCCCCUCGCCUGUCCAGGGCUAUUUAUGGGGAGGGGCCCAGUCGGGCAGGGAGCACUGAGCAGAUGGGGGCUGUGGCCAAGCCCACCUUCUGGGAAGCCCUAGGAGAGGCCCCUGCCUCAGUCUGCCCCGGGUGUGCUGGGGCAGGGGGAAGAGGAGGAAUGCCCCCAGGUAGGGUGGUGGGGAGACUCUUAGGAGGAAAGGCUCUUCCAGGCCUAGGAAGGCUGUCACGCUUCCUACUAAGGCCAGGAGCUGCCAGGGCCGGUGCAGGGUCAGGGCUGUGGGAGGAAGGCCUUUGGCACCGGCCCCUGUGCUAGGAAGGCUGCCAGGCCCGUGUAGGAGCCGGCCCCUGCGGGGAGGGGGCGGCUCUGCCUCAGCAGGCCCCAGGGCCCCCGAAGUCGCAGAAGAUUUUCCGGGUCCAGCAAGGAGUGUGUGUCCUCUCAGUCAAACCCCUUGACGUUUCCCACCCCGUCACGGGGAGGGCGCCGGGCCUCAGGCUGGCAGGACCUAGGGCCGUGCUAUAUUUGGUGGGUCCUGGACGCUGACCCGGCCAGCGCUAUUCUGGGCAGGGAAGGAAAGGGGCAGGGCAGGUGGCCUGCCUGAGGCCUGGUCCCCAACCACAGCAGGACCUGGCCGAGCAAAAGGCAAAAGACGCAGGAUUGGGGGAUGCGCCCACAGGCUGGGGGUUGGGAGCAGCCUGGGGCUGGCGUGGGCGUAGGCGUGGGAAGAUGGAGCAUGCCACCCUCUCAUGGCCCCGAGGGGCGGGAGUGGGGAGGGCGGGGUGGGGAGGGCGGAGACCCAGCCCCUCCCCCGCAGCGGGAUGUGCACAGUGAGUGGGUCCCUCCAUCACCUUCCACCUGGUUCUGCACCCACUGGGAGGGCAGGGUGGAAGCCCCAGCUGGGUAUGGGGACUCCCAGGGACCCCACCCCAGGCCUGUGAAGCAGGGGUCAGCCCAACACCCACCAAUCCAUCCCCAUGCAGGUAGCCCAGGGAGCACCUGCCCCCGCUGCGAAUGGGGCCUUGGGGGGCAUAAGACCUUUUGGUGCCAGCGGUCACGCCGCACCUGAGGCCCCCACCUGACCAGUGCUCCCAGCUCUGGUGUCCUUGGAAGCCCUUCGAGCCAUCCCGCAUGGGCAGGAUGGUGACAGUCCAUGUGGUAGGAUUGUCCCGGCCUCAAAGUGUGGCCCUGGUCAGGGGAGCCCCUGCUGGAAAUUGCAUCUCCAGAGCUUUGAUGCAGGACCCCUGGGGGAUCAGGGAAUGAGAGUCUAGACCCCAGGGGUCUCCUUGCAGUGAGUCUAUAUGCAGGCCUGCGUUCUGCUCCUGGGGCUGGGGCUGAAUGCCCAGCCUCAGUCUCCUGAGAACAUGAGGACGGGAGCGGGGCAGAGUCUUGCUGAGGGCACACCCAGUUCCCGUUGGAGCAGGGCAGUGCCAGUCUCCUGCAAAGGGGCCUUGGGUGGGAACGGGCCCGGAGUGGGAGGAACGUGACUCCCCAGAGGGAAGAUGGGCGGCGUCCUGGGCCCAGAGCUGGGAAGGAGUUGCUGCCCACACAGGGUGGGCCUGGACUCCCCUCGCCCCUACCCCCAGUGGUUGUGGCUGUAGCACUGAGCCUGGAGAGCAGGCCCGGCCCGGGGUGGCUGGGAGGCUGCCAGGGGCCUCCCAGAGCUCCCAAGGGCCCCCACCUGCAAGGACCAGCCUCAGGGCAGUGCCGGGAUGAGGCCCUGUCAGUGGCAGCCAGCGAUGCCUCGGGAUGCUCACCGGGAGGGAGGCGGCUUUGGGCUCCUGAGUCCUUGGGAGAGGCUGGGAGCAGUCACUGCGCGGCUUGCGCAAGCCCCUUGUCGGGUCGGGUGGCUUCCUCAGCCAGGGCUGGGAGGGGCCCAGGAUCAGGUCCUCCCUGUCUCGCGUCUCAGUGGGGUGAUAGGGAGGAGACCUGGUCACCCGUGGCUCAGGGGCAGCUGAGAACAAGGACCUGCUGGAGCUGGAAGUGCCGUGGUGUUGAGGGGUGGGGUGGGCAGCUUCUCACACCUGCCUCCUGCCUCCAUCUGUCCACCUUUCCCCCACCCUGACCUGUCCCAGCCCCACACAUGGUUCUGCCUGGCUGGCCUGCCCUUGGCACCUGGCGUAGAGCACACAGAAGGCACUCGGCUAAUGCUGGGCAGGCCCACUCAUGGGGAGUGCGUGGCUGUGCAGCACCAGGGAACCGGCACAGCAGCGCCGGCAGAAAUCACAGCAGUAAACUCGUCCGGGUUGUAUGCAUCAAGGUGGCGACGGACGUGGG